GCUCGUCUUCCCAUUUUCCCAAAACGCCCCUCCCACCGGACAGCUCACGCUUCAACUAUUGUUUGUUCGAGUCCACUGUCCUCGCAGACCUUAACCCACUCUCUCGAACACGUUCUCCUCUCUCUUUCUCUCUCUCUCUCCCCUUGCGGAUUCCAGACUAGGCAUCUGAACAGCCUGGGAAUCUGGACAGACUUCAAUUCUCUCCCUCUCAUAUCGAUCACAUAAGGUUCUGUGGAUCUGGAUCGGCGGUGGGAGGAGCGGCUAGGCGGAGAGAGCUCGCGGGAGUCGGUGGUGGCAGCGAUGACGGAAUCGGCGUCUUCGCCAAAGGAUCAGCAGAGCUCUUCUUCGAAUUCCGGCGAGGUUUCGGUCGUAGUUGAGGGGGAGAUAGCGGGCGGGAGUAGCAGUGGUGCUGAGUUGGAUGGCAGUGUGGCGGCUGGUGGUCCAGUCUCCAAUGGUGACAGUAUCCGUAACUCCUCAGGGAUUGAUGGCAGGAGUUUACCUAGAGUGAACACUUUGCCAGUGGGGAUAUUGAAUGUUGACAGAUUAGAGUCAAGUUCAAGUCAGCUUAAAUUAGACAGGUCCAAAACUGAGAGGCAUAGACAUCAUAACAUAUUUGCAGAAGAAGCAGCACAAAUUUUUGAUGACAAAAUUUCUGUCCAGCAGAAGCUUAAAUUGUUGAACAGAAUAGCUACUGUGAAAGAUGAUGGAACUGUAGAGCUUGAAGUACCAGGGGAUAUUGAAGACCAAACUUUUGGUGUUAAAUCUCAAGAUGUUUGUAAUGAAGUUGUUGAUGACGAACCUCUUGAGUCAAUGGACCUUCAGUACAUACCGCCGUUGCAAAUAGUAGUGCUUAUUGUUGGAACACGUGGUGAUGUGCAGCCAUUUAUUGCUAUCGGAAAACGUUUGCAGGACUAUGGCCAUCGUGUCAGGCUAGCAACUCAUUCAAAUUUCAAAGAGUUUGUCUUGACUGCUGGAUUGGAGUUUUUUCCUUUAGGCGGAGAUCCAAAAGUUCUUGCUGGUUAUAUGGUUAAAAAUAAAGGCUUCUUGCCAUCUGGACCUUCUGAAAUACCAAUUCAGCGAAAUCAAAUGAAGGAAAUUAUAUACUCAUUACAUCCUGCAUGCAAAGACCCUGAUCCUGAUUCUGGUGUUCCCUUUAAAGCAGAUGCAAUUAUUGCCAAUCCACCUGCAUAUGGGCAUGUUCAUGUUGCAGAGGCAUUAAAAGUACCGCUUCAUAUAUUUUUCACAAUGCCAUGGACGCCAACUAGUGAAUUUCCACAUCCUUUGUCCCGUGUCAAGCAACCUGCUGGAUAUAGACUUUCAUAUCAAAUUGUUGACUCGUUGAUUUGGCUUGGAAUACGAGACAUGAUAAAUGAUGUCAGGAAGAAAAGGUUGAAGCUACGGCCUGUCACAUAUUUAAGUGGUUCGCAAGGAUCUGACUCUGAUGUGCCACAUGCAUACAUAUGGAGUCCUCAUCUAGUUCCCAAACCAAAAGAUUGGGGUCCUAAGGUUGAUGUGGUUGGGUUUUGCUUCCUUGAUCUUGCCUCAAAUUAUGAGCCUCCUCAAGCACUUGUUAAAUGGCUUGAAGCUGGUACAAAGCCUAUCUAUAUUGGAUUUGGUAGCCUUCCUGUUCAAGAGCCGGAGAAAAUGACCCAAAUAAUUGUGGAAGCACUGCAAAUUACGGGGCAGAGGGGCAUAAUUAACAAGGGCUGGGGUGGCCUUGGUAAUUUGCCAGAACCGAAGGAUUUUGUAUACUUGUUGGACAAUUGCCCUCAUGACUGGCUAUUUUUGCAAUGCAAAGCUGUGGUGCAUCACGGAGGUGCUGGAACAACGGCUGCCGGCCUGAAAGCUGCGUGCCCAACAACCAUUGUGCCUUUCUUUGGUGACCAACCUUUUUGGGGAGAGCGAGUACAUGCCAGAGGAGUUGGUCCUGCACCCAUUCCAGUCGAGGAGUUUUCACUUCCCAAAUUGGUUGAUGCAAUAAAUUUUAUGUUGGAUCCUGAGGUGAAGGAGCGUGCUGUUCAACUAGCAAAUGCCAUGCAGAAUGAGGAUGGGGUCGCAGGAGCAGUGAAAGCUUUCUUUAAACAUUUACCUCGCAAGAAGUCAGAGCCUGAGUCAUCACCAGCACCAGUAACACCAAGUUUUUUCUCCAUAAGUAGAUGCUUUGGUUGUUCAUAAUUCUUGGGUGGAUGUUGGCUCCUGUUGAUCUUAUUGUCACAUCAUUACUGUAGCAUAAUAUUAACAUGGGGUUCUCAACUAACCAAACUUCUGUACGCCUGCUUGUGGAUCCUGUUAUAGGUCUCCUCUUAUUCCAUAACCUUAUUGUCUUCAUUUUUUCUGGCAAUAUCAUUUUGAUGCAGAAAACGAGUUGUUAUUUGCAGUUUUGGUUUUCUUUCCCAGAAUAUGCAAUGUAUUUAUAUGAGAUCUUAAUUGAUUUCACGCCUUUCAUCUUUCU